AUGGAAGCCCCAGCUCAGCUUCUCUGCCUCCUGUUACUCUGGCUCCCAGAUACCAUUGGAGAAAUCAUGUUGACACAGUCUCCAGCCUCCCUAUCAUUGACUCCAGGGGAAAGAGCCACCCUCACCUGCAGGGCCAGUCAGAGUGUCAGCACAUACUUAGCCUGGUACCAGCAGAAACCUGGACAGGCCCCCAGGCUCCUCAUCUAUGGUGCUUCCACCAGGGCCUCUGGCAUCCCAGCCUGGUUCAGGGGCAGUGGGUUGGGGACAGACUUUACCCUCACCAUCAGCAGCCUGGAGCCUGAAGAUGCUGCAGGUUGUUACUGUUACCAGCAUAACAGCAGACGUCCACAGUGUUUCAACAUGACACAGGAACCUCUGACUCCUCAGCUCAAACGUCUGAAAAUGAGGUUCCCUGCUCAGCUCCUGGGGCUCCUCAUGCUCUGGGUCCCAGGAUCCAGUGGGGACAUUGUGCUGACCCAGACUCCACUCUCCCUGUCUGUCCUCCCUGGAGAGACGGCCUCCAUCUCCUGCAAGUCUAGUCAGAGCCUUCUAUAUACCGAUGGAAAAACCUAUUUGCGUUGGUUCCUACAGAAACCAGGCCAAUCCCCACAGGGUCUAAUCUAUCAGCUUUCCAACCGUUACUCCGGGGUCUCAGACAGGUUCAGUGGCAGUGGGUCAGGGAUGGAUUUCACACUCACAGUCAGCAGGGUGGAGGCUGAGGAUGCUGGAGUUUAUUACUGUUAUCAAGGUACACAAUCUCCUCCCACAGUGGUACAGCCCCGAACACAAACCUCCCUGCCUGGGGCUGCUCAUCCGCCCAAUGUGCAGCUUCUCUGGGGGAACUCACUGCAGGUUCUCUGCGUCUGUAUAAGAGGAAGAUGUUGGAGAUCUCAGAGGAAUAGGGUGCAGCUGAGGGCUCUGGCCCAUGAGUGUCUUGGCUGCACCUCAGGCACCACGUUAAGGCCUGUCAGCUGCACAGCCUGGUCCUGGCAGAAGCAGCAGAGGAUGUAG